AAAAACGGAGGCAUGGGGGGGGCCUGGAGCGCAGAGCGGUUUUAGUCGUUCGUUGGAAGAGCCUCUGAUUUAGCUCAGUGACUGCGGCUCUUCAUUGGGUGGCAGGAUCGGCGCGGCGCGGCGGUCGGAGAGGGGGCCGAAGACUUCAGUAUUGGGUGAAAGAAAAUGGCCCGAACCAAGCAGACUGCUCGUAAGUCCACGGGUGGCAAAGCGCCCCGCAAACAGCUGGCCACUAAAGCGGCCAGGAAAAGCGCUCCCUCUACCGGCGGGGUGAAAAAGCCUCAUCGCUACAGGCCCGGGACCGUUGCGCUUCGAGAAAUCCGUCGUUACCAGAAAUCCACCGAGCUCCUGAUCCGGAAGCUGCCUUUCCAGAGGUUGGUGAGGGAGAUCGCCCAGGACUUCAAAACCGACUUGAGGUUCCAGAGCGCCGCCAUCGGUGCGCUGCAGGAGGCUAGUGAAGCGUACCUGGUGGGUUUGUUUGAAGAUACUAAUCUGUGUGCCAUCCACGCUAAGAGAGUCACCAUCAUGCCCAAAGACAUCCAGUUGGCUCGCCGGAUACGGGGAGAGAGAGCUUAAGUGAAGGCAGUUUUUAUGGUGUUUUGUAGUAAAUUCUGUAAAAUACUUUGGUUUAAUUUGUGACUUUUUUUGUAAGAAAUUGUUUAUAAUAUGUUGCAUUUGUACUUAAGUCAUUCCAUCUUUCACUCAGGAUGAAUGCGAAAAGUGACUGUUCACAGACCUCAGUGAUGUGAGCACUGUUGCUCAGGAGUGACAAGUUGCUAAUAUGCAGAAGGGAUGGGUGAUAUUUCUUGCUUCUCAUGAUGCAUGUUUCUGUAUGUUAAUGACUUGUUGGGUAGCUAUUAAGGUACUAGAAUUGAUAAAUGUGUACAGGGUCCUUUUGCAAUAAAACUGGUUAUGACUUGAUCCAAGUGUUCAACAAUUGGGGCUGUUAAGUCUGACCAUACAUCACUGUGAUAGAAUGUGGGCUUUUUCAAGGGUGAAAAUACAAGUCUUAACCACAGUGUAACUUACAGUUUCCUUAAAAAAAAAAAAAGUAAACCUGGCAGCUAUAGAAUACACUAUGUGCAUUUAUAAUAGCUAUUUUAUAUAUUGUAGUGUCAACAUUUUUAAAUUAAAUGUUUUACAUUCA